AUGGCCGGCGAGCGUACCCUGGAGGAGGCCCGGAGGGUCAUCCGGGAAACGCCAGCGGGUGUCUGGGCACCCCUGUCCAGCAUCCGGACUAUUAUCUUAUUGGAGGAUGACGCGGAGGAAGCCGUCGCACGGAUGCGACGGCGCGCAAACGGUAUCGAUACCAUGUCGACCCGAUACGUGGUGGUGCAGAACGAGGUGUUCGCAACGCUGGCCGAGCGCGUCGGGGCGUGCGUGCUCCACCACCGGAAGGGGCAAGACAUGGGAGAGUGGGCCGCGGAGGUGCGCGCGUGCAUUGUGCAGGUAGGCGCCGGUUCCGGGGGGAGGGAUAAUAUGAAGGACGACGAAAAUGUAAG